AUUGUCUGAUUGGAGCGUAGUUUGGUGUCCCCUCGCGCGAAUCAUGCCGUCCGAGCGCCGCUGCUGGGAGACCUUGGAGGCGCUGCGCAGCUCCAGCAAAGGGCGCCUGUGCUACCACCGCGACUGGCUGCUGCGGGGCGAGGAUGUGUUGGAAGAAUGCAUAUCUCGUCCCAAGCUGUCGACUUACUCUGGAUGGGUGGUUGACCAUGUCCUGCCCUACGUGCAUGAGGACGCACCCGCCUCAGAGACGUCUCUGUCCUCGGGGUCUUCCUCCGGCCUAGACCAGCCCCUGCCCGAUUCCAGGUCAUUCCCAUCGACAUCCCCCACCACACCAAAUGGGGUCAAGGACAGACACGAGUCCCAGCACACGGAGUCUAUGGCACUCCAUUCAGCCCGGGGGAUCAGAGUUGAGGGAUGCAUUCGAAUGUAUGAAGAGGUGCACAGAAUGAAAGGGACGGAAGGCCUGAGGCAGUGGCAGGAGGAGCAGGAGAGGAAGGUGCGGGCCCUCUCAGAAAUGGCUUGUGAGCAACUGAAGCGCUUUGAUGAGCGGAAGGAGCUGAAGCAGCAUAAAGAGUUCCAGGACUUACGGGAAGUGAUCGAGAAGAGCACCAGAGAAGCCCUGGGGCACCAGGAGAAACUAAAAGCUGAACAUCGUCACAGAGCCAAGAUCCUCAACCUGAAGCUGCGCGAGGCCGAGCAGCAGCGCCUGAAGCAGGAGGAGCAGGAGCGGCUGUGGAAGGAGGAAGGCCAGGUGCGCCUGCGCAGUCUCUACGCGCUGCAGGAGGAGGUGCUGCAGCUCAACCAGCAGCUGGACGCCUCGGAGCAGCCCAGGGGCCUGCUCAAGGUCGACCUGGCCGCCUUCCGGACCCGUGGCAACCAGCUCUGCAGCCUUGUGUCCGGAAUCAUUCGGGCCUCGUCGGAGAGCGGCUACCCAACCUCAGAGAACCAGGCUGAAGCCGAGCAAGCCCUGCAGGAAAUGCGUGACCUCCUUAUGACCCUGGGGCAGGAGAUUGCCAGAGCCUGUGAAGAUAAGAAGCAGCAGGAGGAGAAGGAGGCCCAGGUCAGGCUCCAGGAAGCCCAGAGGCAGCAGGGGCAGGAGGCCCAACAGGAGGCCUCAGCUCCCAGCCAGGGCCUGGCAGACAAGCGGCAGGAAGCUCUGCAGGUGAAGGUGCAAGACAGUACAAUGCAGUGGUACCAGCAGCUGCAGGACGCUUCUGAGCAGUGUGUGAGGGCCUUCGAGGGCCUGACCAGCAGCAAGGACAGCCAGGCCAAAAAGAUCAAGAUGAACCUCCAGAAAGCGGCCACCAUCCCAGUGAGCCAAAUCUCCACCAUUGCAGGCUCGAAGCUGAAGGAGAUCUUUGACAAGAUUCACAGUCUGCUCUCUGGGAAGCCUGUCCAGUCUGGUGGGCACUCCGUGUCCGUGACACUUAGCCCGCAGGGGCUGGACUUUGUCCAGUAUAAACUGGCCGAGAAAUUUGUGAAACAAGGCGAGGAAGAAGUGGCCUCUCAUCACGAAGCUGCCUUCCCCAUCGCCGUGGUGGCUUCUGGGAUCUGGGAGCUCCACCCCAGGGUGGGAGACCUCAUCCUUGCCCACCUGCACAAGAAGUGCCCGUACUCUGUCCCUUUCUAUCCGGCCUUCAAGGAGGGGAUGGCCUUGGAGGACUAUCAGAGGAUGCUUGGCUACCAAGUGAAGGAUUCCAAGGUGGAGCAGCAGGACACCUUCCUUAAACGCAUGUCUGGCAUGAUCCGUCUCUAUGCAGCCAUCAUCCAGCUACGCUGGCCAUACGGAAACCGACAGCAGACUCACCCUCAUGGUCUAAAUCAUGGCUGGCGCUGGUUGGCACAGAUCUUGAACAUGGAGCCUCUGUCAGACGUGACAGCCACUCUUCUCUUUGACUUCUUGGAGGUGUGUGGGAACGCCCUCAUGAAGCAGUAUCAGCUGCAGUUCUGGAAGAUGAUUCUUGUCAUCCGAGAUGAGUACUUCCCCAGGAUUGAAGCCAUCACCAGCUCGGGCCAGAUGGGUUCCUUCAUUCGCCUCAAGCAGUUCCUCGAGAAAUGUCUGCAGCGCAAGGAGAUUCCUGUUCCCAAGGGCUUUCUGACCACCUCCUUCUGGCGCUCCUGAUGGCUGCAGCACCCUCCACCUCCACUGGUCAUGAAGAGGCACUAAUAAAGCCAGAAGACAGCAGGCUGGGAAAGUCAUUUCCGACAGACACUUGUCAAUGUGUGUGUGUGAGUUUGUAGCUUAUGACAGGGAGAGGAGAGUCCUUGGGUCACUAGAGCUCGGCUGUCCCUUGGUGCUGCAACAGCUCCCCCUACCUCGCAGGUCAGAGCUGUUGCGCUCGGCCUCUUGGGUUUUCUCCACAAGCCGCGAGGCAGAGGAGUUUAGGAUCAAGUUUUUCCCCUUGUAUCUUCGACUGUGUUUGUAAAGUUUGUAAGACAUAAUAGCCAUCGCCCUCUGACUUGGGGAGCAACUGCCAUGUUCCCCGCCUUCCAGGUGAUAAAGAGUUCAGACACGUGCACUACCCCCUGAGGCCCAGGGUGCUUCUCCCAGCUGUGCAGGGAAGGGGCAAGGUGGGCUUGGCCUGAGUCUCCCACCCACUGGACCACCUAGUGUCUGGAAACCCAGGCACCACUGGGAAUUUGGUCCCUGCGGAUGCUGGAGCCAGGGUGGGUGCUGUAUGUUUGGUUUUUCAGUUUGAAUGAAGGUGACUGAGAUGGGGCUUGUGAUGUCAGCAAGUUGACCAUCCAUGAGCAACAAGUGGGGCUAAAUAAAAAAAGAAUUGAGUGUUGCCUUAAAAUGUAUUACUUGUUUUGAGUCACAAAUGAUGGUUAAUUUGCCCAGUGGAGCUGCUGCAGAGGUCCCAAGUCAGCUGCUAAAUCAGUAGAUGGAAAGUGCCCUGCCUUUGGCCAUGACCGAGGCAGUGGCCCUCACUCUGGACCCACGUCUUUGGGGAGGGUGUUGGGGAGAGAGCGUCCACUGGUCCUCACUUGCUGGAAGUGAUCAGUUUUGUGAAUUGUUGACUGCUGUGCCAAAAAAUAGGUAAUAAAUGUUGCUUUUGUAAACGCACAUGAUCUGCUUCCUGUACUCGGCACGUGGGUCCUUGGAUGGAGAGGGUGCCGUGUCUUUCCCCUUUGUGUUCUGCCCAUCACAUUGAGAAACUGUUGCUUCUCCCCUUUUUUUACUUUUUUUCAAAUUACGUGUGAAUAACUCACCCUGUUCUACUAUGUCUCUUUAAUGUUAUGGAGG